UUUAUUAAUACCUUCUUUUUCUUUCAGAUCCCAGAAGAGAUGUCAUGCUGUAGGAACUCGUACGUGGAGCAGGGUUUGAGUCCCAUGCGGAUGGAGGUGUUGGUGGAAGACUGUGGGUCCUGUAGCUACCAAAGUCUGCUCAAAAACAGUAUUGAUGCCCUGCUUAAAGAAGCCAAGGACAAAUUCAAAGGUUAUGACAGCUGCUCGACUCCAGAGAACGCCGAACUUGCAUACAAGAAGGUUCAGGACGGGUCAUCUUUACGGCAGUGGAAAGUGUGCGUGGACGUGCCAGCACCCGCUGAGGACGUGUUACAGCGGAUUCUGCGGGAACAAGAACAGUGGGAUGAGGACCUGUUAGAGUGCAGGACUGUGGAGGCACUAGAGGACAACACAGAGGUCUAUCAGUACGUCAGGAACUCCAUGGCGCCCCAUCCGCCAAGAGAUCACGUGGUGCUCAGGUCGUGGGUGACAGACUUGCCCAAGGGAGUGUGUGCUUUGGUGUGUGUGUCGGUGGAUCAUGAGAGUGCAGCGGCGCUGGGUGUUCGUACUAACGUUCUGACCUCUCGCUAUUACAUCGAACCCUGCGGAUCCAACAAGAGCCGUCUCACACACAUUUCCAGAAUAGACUACAGGGGUCGUUGCCCUGAAUGGUACAAUAAGCUGUAUGGUCACCUGUGUGCUGCAGAGGUGGUGAGGAUACGAGACUCCUUCACCUGCCUGGACAAAUAAACACUCACACACACACACACACACACACCUGGUGUGCACUUUGAUGUUCUCAACAAACUCUUGGAUCAGAGAGGAAAAUGAUUUUAAACUCCCUUAACACGAUCUGAGCCCUUAGACGAUACGGACUGUCAACUGUGCCGAAAUCAACAAGCUACAUUGGUCAAAGUUCUUGCCAUUAUGAUUGCCAUCAAAUGACAAGCCUGAAAGACUGGAAAUAGGCGUUCCUGCUGCUAUGACAUCAUCAUCCCUGACGUCACAACGCUUGACCUUGUUACUGAAUAUGCCAUAGGGUGACUACAUGAGAUGGGAGGUGCUUUUGCUUCUGAGAAGCAAGUAUGUGUGUGUGUAUUUUUGAAUGACUGUGGAAGUGAGCAUAUGAAUAGUGUGUCUGAUGUUUAUGUGCGUGUAUUAUUGACAAAUGAGACAUAUUCUAUGCACUGGCACCCGCUGCAAAACAGUGUUUAUACCUAUUCCUGUGUGCGUCACUGUUACAUAGUAUCUGCAAAGCUGUGUACAGUGCUUUCCUUGUAUGGACAGAUGGAUGGAUGAAUAGAUGACAUGUUUGUCGAUAGACGAGACAGAAGGUGGUGGCUGGCACACCUUUGAAAGGAAGACAGGAAAUGUGUGAUGGAGAAAAAGACUAGUGCAUGUGGACAUUUAAACAGCAGAAGGUUCCAACAGCACCAAAACCAAAGCUGAGACCAAUAUACCGAUGGACCAAUUCUUCAGGAUUCCACACAGGACUCCAAAGAAGAACUCGCCUCGAGGCCUGUAAUUGGUCCAGAUCAGUGCUGCAAACCAAUAAAAUUCGUGUGAGCUCAACAGUCUUGGCCAUUUAACAUCUCUAGUCCUGGGAAAAGGGCGUUACGAAAAACUAAAAGGAUAGGAAAAGCGUUUUGUUUGGGUUGGAUGUUCAGGUUUGAUUAUAGGGGCUACCAAGCCAGUAACUUUGUCAGAGGAUGGUAGAGAAUGUAUGAGGAGAAGUGAUGUCUGUUUGUUCUUGUCAGUGUUAAGCAAAAAUGAAGUAAAAGUCUAAAAUUGUAACAAAGCUUGCAUUUACACUUAAAUAUAACCAGGCCUGCGGUCACACAGUAAAUCAGAGUAGAAGUGCUGAAAUCAUCCAACACAGUUCUUUCUGACGUGAUGAGUCCAGCAUUCCUAUUGAGGCGCUUUAUGACGGACGGUCCUGGGUUUGAUGUCUCGAUUUAUUACUACUUGCGUGCCUGUCCACGGCGGAGUAUCAUAAACGUGUGUAAAUUAAGCUUAUGCUGCCAAACAGAGAAUAACGCAUGACAAUGACAGUUAAUUUAAACGCCUCUGUAUUUAUAUCACUCAUAUCUUGUUUUUGUAUGUAUCUUAUUUUAUUGUAAAUGUUACACUCUAAGUUACAGAAAUGAGAAAGUUGUUUAUCUUUUUUAUUAUUAAUGUUAUUUCUGUACAGAUUAAUCAUGGUCAAAAUGCACUAUUAAAUGUAUUAAAACAGCAUGAAUGGCUUCCAUCGA